AUGAGGCUGCAUGCUAAGUUAUUGAUGGGUGCAGCAACGCUGCUGCUAAUAUGUCUGCACUACUAUGGGAUUUUAUUCCAUUUCGGUAGUGUUUCUGGUGGUGGAGAGAUCAAUAAGUCGAUUGUGGUGUUACAACAGGCUUUUCAACCUAUGAAUGAGAUGUUAUUGACUGCGUCAUAUACGAUUAACGAGUUAGUGAUGAGAAACAUGAACGGUAUCUUAAAUUGUGUGGCGAAAGCUGGCUACGCCCGCGAGCUACUCUAUAAGAUUCGUGACCAUUUGAUAAAGUUCUUACACUUGAACACGUUUUGUCACAAAUGUGAGAAAUGGCUGGGACCUAUAUUGAACCAUUUGAGAAUAUUGAUACAUUUCUUGAAACCUUAUACGCAGCGGGCCCAGCGUGUAAUCACUGCCAAUUUCUUGGAAUUAAAAUCAAAAUUCAAUUUCAGUAAUGAUGACGAUGCAACAAGUGAUCCCAUGGAUAAUGGAAAUGACAUAUUUGAUCAUAUUGAUAGUGCUAUGAAGGAAAACAAGCUUCGAGUAGAAUUUGAAUCUGAAGAGGAUGAUGAGGACGAAGAUGAUAACGAGAGGAAACGGGAUAAGGAUUCUAUCCCAGAUUCAUUGACGACACUACCUUCCAUACUGAAUUAUGACAUGCUGCUAGAGUCUGGUCGUCAGAGCUCUUUUCUUGAGAGCGAGGUUGCUCUAACGGAGGAGGAAGAAACAUCUCUUCUGGAAAGCGAAUUCGAUGCAUGGAUGAAAGCCAUACAGAAUAAAUUGGACAAGAUUAUAAUAUUGUUAAAUAAUGAAGUGGAUGAGUUUACUGAAUUUAAAGCAAACGAAUUUGAAGAAAGUUACGAAUCCAUGCAGGAUAAAUUCCUAGAAGCUGUUAAGUUGCAAGUAAAUACUAUAAAUCAGUCCAUUGAAAAUAUCAACUGUAUAACCAAAACUAAUCCAGAAACCAACGAAUUGGAAUAUUAUGAUAUUACAGGCACUCAAAGAUUGAAAAGGUACAUUUCAAGGCCGAUGAUGACGAGUUAUUUCCAAAACACCUUCGAUAUCAUUGAAUCCUUCAAACAAGACGCAUUGGCUCAUAUGUCAGAUUUUGUGACUGAGAUAAAAUUGGAGAGUGAAAAGGUCCAUCAAGAUGAUGUAGCGAUGUAUGAAGAAUGGGGGGAUAUAAUGGUAAGCGAGUGGUCCAAGAGACUGGCUUAUAUCGACAUUGUCAUGCCAAAAACCGAGGAGAUCCUGGUCUCGAAAUGGAGGAACUACAUGAAUUUGAAGGGGAAAGUGAUUGCGAAGCGAGAUGAACUUCUUCAAGAGACUAUAGAUUUAACUAGAGCCAACAAUUUCGUAUCAGCUAUAGAGGCCAAGAUUCAAGAUUUGAUUAAAAAAGUAAAAGGACAAAUGGAUGAGCUAUCGAACCAGGCCAAUGAGGCAUUCCUAAUACGUGAAGAUAGAGAAAUCAGAGAAUCAAAAUUCGGUUUUGCAAUUGAUAAUGAGGCAAACAUAGCUGACUAUGGUGACGCUAUCGAUACAGGUGGCGUGGGCCAAGAACUGUUGUAA